AUGUCAAAAAGUAGGUUGCCUUUGUGUGAGGGGAUAUUAAUAAGUGAUUUUUGUAGUGAACGGUUUGUUGAUGCUCUAAAGAAGGCAGGGGCAAGAGCUGAGUUGAUUUUGCGUGAGGGGAAAAGUCAUACAGAUUUGUUUCUACAGGAUCCACUCCGAGGAGGUAUUGAUUACCUAUUCGAGCAUGCAGUUGCCGUUAUACACUCCAAUGAUAGUGAUGCUCUUACAAAGGACGCCUUUUCACCCCGAAGAAAACGGCUUGUUCCUGAGAUUUUAUUAAAGUUGGCCACCAAGAUAAGUCCCUUCUAAGUAUAAGCUUGUGAUCGUAGUGAUUACAAUCUUACUGUAUGCUAUUCGAUUCCAUAAUUCAAUAGUAUUCGGCCACCUACCCAUUCAUGUUUUAAGAUGAAUCUCGUGAUAGAUAAAUGAACGGGUCUGUAAAAUUUCGUACCAUCCAUAAAAAUCACGUAAUUCAACAAUUCCUUAAUUUUAAU